AGCUGCUCCGAUUAGUAUAGAGUUAACUUCUUGCUGAUACCGCCAUGUCCUCAUCAUAUGACCCCGCAAGUAAAGUGUGGUCAGGUGCGAAGCUACCGGGUCCUUUCAACCCGCAAGCGAACCUUGGCCAUCUGAUCCUGAACGUACUGGAGCGAAAUCCUUCCAUGGUGGCUCAGGUCAGCGUAGAGUCCGGAGUGGAGCUAACGUGUCAAGAAUUGCGUCUUCGUUCGAUUCGAGCUGCGCAGAACCUGACCAAGCUGGGUUAUAAGAAAGGUGACAUGGUUGGUUUUGCGGUGAGGAAUCGAGAAAACGUGGCACCGUUGCUGUAUGGUUGCUUCUUGAUAGGGGCGCCCGUCAAUUGUCUCGAUCCGGAUUUCACGGUGGAUGACAUGGCGCACAUGUUGCGCAUCAGUAAACCGGUUCUUUUCUUGGCCGACGAAGACAAUGUGGAAACUGUGAAAACUGCUUGUCGUGAUGCUGAAAUACGCCCAAAGUUCGUAAUAUUGGAUGGAAGAGAUUGCCAACCAGAUGAUUUGUCUAGUUCGGAUUUGCUUCAACAAACCGGAAGUGAGCAAUUUUAUUUUCCGCCAUAUCUCGGUGACUCGGAGAAACUAAUAGCGGCUAUCCUUUGCUCAUCUGGAACUACCGGCUUGCCGAAAGGAGUCUCUUUAUCGCAUGCACACAUCAUUCACCAAAGUGGCUUAGUAUGCAACAUCCACUUAUCCAAGCCUCCGUUCGCGUUCAGCUCUCUCUACUGGGCUUCGGGAUUCUACCAGCUGAUUCAGUGCCCAUUGAACAACGCAACCCAUUACAUCUCCAUCCGCCGAUUUAGCCCGGAAGUACUGUUCGACAUUGUACAGAAGUAUUCUCUAACGCACGUGUUUUGCCCUCCUGCCCAGAUGGCGAUGGUCCUUCAAAGUCCGCUACUGCCACAGGCCGAUCUAUCCAGCUUGAGAAGCUUCUUCUCUGGUGGUGGAUUUGUUUCUACAACGCUUCGCAAGUCCUUCGAAAAACUGCUACCAAAUUGUAAAAUCAGUGUAGGGUAUGGGACAUCGGAGAUUGGAUACGCUGCUUCGGAUGGCUUUGGAUUUGCGCGAGAAGGAUCCGUCGGAAUGUUGGCGCCCAACAUUGAAGCAAAGGUGUUGAAUGACGAUGAUAGUCAAGUGGGUGUCAACGAAAAGGGUGUUCUCUGGUUCAGAUACCCCAUCAAACCACUCGGUUACCUGUAUAACCAGGAAGCGACCGAUGAGAUCAUGACGGACGACGGUUGGGUUUGCAGUGGAGACAUUGGAUACUUUGACAAGGACAGUUUUCUAUUUUUGGUUGAUAGGAAGAAGGAAAUCAUCAAAUACAAAAACUACCAAAUAUCUCCGGCGGAGAUCGAAGCCGUGAUCGAGCAGCUUCCGGAGGUUGCCCAUGUCUGUGUAGUGGGAUUGUUUCGAUCCGAUGCUGCAUGUAGAUUUACCCACUGCCGUAGUCCAACUUCGGACGAGAUUGCACCCUAAGUGAAGCACGUGUAAUCGACCACGUGGCUGAAAAGCUUGCCGACUUCAAACACCUGCGAGGUGGCGUUUUCUUUGCCGAUGAACUUCCAACGACCAAAUCGGGUAAACUUCAAAGGUAUGAAAUAAGAAAGUACGCGGAACAAAGAGCGGCUUCCGGUAGUGUUGGAAACAAGGUCGUGGACACCGUGCGAUUGUUCGAAAAGCGAUUAUCAGGGGUUUAUAAAUAAAUAGAACAGAUACUUAUAUUAUAAACUAUACAACAUGUAUGGUAAUGAGCAAACGUCAAUAAAAUAGGGAUUCCAAAAGUAGAAAAA